AUGGCGGCAGAAGGUGGUGGUGAUUCACAGCUGAAAAGAAGAAGGCGCCGGGACCAGGAGGACCCGGAAAAAACGGAGCCCAGCGAACGGGAGUUGGCAGUGUCGGUGACCCAAGAAAAUGACGAAGAGACUGAAGAGCGCUGGGUUGGGCCUUUACCUUUGGAGGCAACUCUGGCCAAAAAAAGGAAAGUUCUAGAGUUUGAAAGAGUCUAUCUUGACAAUCUCCCCAGUGCAUCCAUGUAUGAGCGCAGUUAUAUGCAUAGAGAUGUUAUUACUCACGUAGUGUGCACCAAGACAGAUUUUAUUAUUACUGCGAGUCAUGAUGGACAUGUUAAGUUUUGGAAAAAAAUAGAAGAGGGAAUUGAAUUUGUUAAACAUUUUCGUAGCCAUCUGGGAGUUAUUGAGAGUAUUGCAGUUAGCUCUGAGGGAGCCUUGCUCUGUUCUGUGGGUGAUGAUAAAGCAAUGAAGGUGUUUGAUGUAGUGAACUUUGACAUGAUCAAUAUGCUGAAACUUGGGACUAUGGUAUUAUAUUCUUACACCACUAUUGGUUCUGAUAGAAAAGUUAGAAUUUUCAGAUUUUUAACUGGAAAACUCAUGAGAGUCUUUGAUGAAUCACUAAGUAUGUUUACUGAACUGCAGCAGAUGAGACAGCAGCUACCAGACAUGGAAUUUGGCCGACGAAUGGCUGUAGAACGCGAAUUGGAGAAGUUGGAUGCAGUAAGAUUAAUUAAUAUAGUUUUUGAUGAAACUGGACAUUUUGUGCUGUAUGGAACAAUGCUAGGCAUUAAAGUCAUAAAUGUAGAAACAAACCGUAGUACAGUAGAUGUAGUGUUACUCCUUUUGAAAACUGGAGAAAAACAUGUUAAGGCAAUAGCAUCCCAACCUGCUUAUUUGUUUGCACUCUAUCCAAGUGGAUUAAGGAAAAAUAUUCAAUUUACCAAACGAGAACCAGAAGAUACAAAAAGUGCAGAUUCUGACCGAGAUGUUUUUAAUGAAAAACCUUCUAAAGAAGAAGUCAUGGCAGCUACUCAAGCUGAAGGACCUAAGCGGGUUUCAGAUAGUGCCAUUAUGCACACAAGCAUGGGAGACAUUCACAUCAAACUCUUCCCAGUUGAGUGCCCCAAGACAGUGGAAAACUUCUGUGUUCAUAGCAGAAAUGGUUAUUAUAAUGGACAUACAUUUCACCGUAUAAUUAAGGGCUUCAUGAUACAGACUGGAGAUCCAACAGGAACAGGUAUGGGAGGAGAAAGCAUAUGGGGAGGAGAGUUUGAAGAUGAAUUUCAUUCAACAUUACGGCAUGACAGACCAUAUACACUAAGCAUGGCCAAUGCUGGAUCAAAUAGUAAUGGAUCCCAGUUUUUCAUAACAGUAGUACCAACACCUUGGCUUGAUAAUAAGCACACAGUAUUUGGACGAGUGACUAAAGGAAUGGAAGUUGUGCAGAGGAUCUCCAACGUCAAAGUCAAUCCCAAAACAGAUAAACCGUAUGAGGAUGUCAGCAUCAUAAAUAUUACCAUCAAGUAA